UCAAAUUCCUUCACUCCAUCUUCAUCAAAUGAGUUCAGCUUCUUUACCUCCCACCACAUUCUACGCUAAAAUGUUCUUGAAUUCCCCUCCAUUAAUAAUCUCUGAAGCGAGAAAUUCAUAUAAGCCUUUCUUCAACCUGAAGAAAUCUAAUCAUGAUGAACACUUACCUCAAACACCAUAUACUUUUAGCGUUCCUCAUUCACCAUUGUCAUUCCCAAGUUUGAUUCAGAGUAACUUCUACUCGGGGCACGCAGGCUUGUCUCUCGUCACAUUUGGUACUAAUAAUCAAAACUCGAGAUCAGGAGAGGAAGAUCAGAGGGCUGUGGAAGCUGUACUCAAGCUAUAUGCAGCAAUUAAGAACAGAAACAUUGGUGAAUUGUCUGCAUUAAUUGGAGAAGAAUGUCGGUGCAUUUGCAACUUCAUUUCUGCAUUCCAACCAUUCCAAGGGAAGAAUCAAGUGCUGUAUUUCUUCUCUUCCCUGAUGAAAUACUUGGGAAAUAACAUUGAAUUUGUGAUUAAACCAGUAAUGGAUGAUGGUGGAAUGGGUGUAGGUGUUUCUUGGAGACUAGAAUGUACCAACACUCGUGUACCUCUGGCAAAGGGUUUCAGCUUCUACAUGUGUCAUGUCUACCAAGGGAGGGUGCUAAUAAGGAAUGUGGAGAUGUUCAUGGAACCACUUCUUCAUCUUGAACCCCUGAGACUGAAAAUUACGGUAUCUGUGAUGACAAUAUUCAAUAAGCUGGUUUCCGACGUAGCAUCCAAGGGUAAGGUACAAAGGGCCGCGUAUAUUUUUCUCACCGUGUUCUUCAUGGCAGCCUCACUGUUCUUUUCGAGGUUCUUCUUGUAUUAAGCCAAAUCACAGUCCACAAAAUAACACCUCAUUUGCAGCAGUGACAUAAAAUUGGCAGUUGAAGUAUAGGCCAAAGCAGACAUUGUUAGUACUAUUAUGCUUAAUACAUACAAUCAAAGAAACUCAACUUCUGUAGUUGAAUAUUUAAUUAUUUGAAAAAUAUUACUGUUUUUUUAAUCCAAAA